AUGUUUGUGCUGAUCCUUUCGACUUUAUUUCUGCUUGAUGUCAGUGUAUCCUCCACGUCUAAUUCAAGUACACUCCAGCAUGAAGUUCCUAUCGUGUUCGUUGGUCACUUGAAUGAUUCACUGCCUUCUGCAAAUAGUAGCUCGACCGUUGCUAAAGAAGAGUUGGAGAGCUACGAUGAUAGUGAGCAAGACAUUACCGAGAUUGAUGAAACUGAUGUGGAAACAAGGAUGUUCCUUUUCUCUGGAAAGAUGUUCUUAUCGCAUUUCCACACCAAGUCGCCACUUAAUGAAGCUAACAUUAAACCCCUGUUGACCACUUUUGCGGAUGCAAGGGCCCUGCUGGAGAUAAAGAAACGUGAUUCGGCUCAAAAUAAGAAUCUAUUCAGUCACCUAACGACGCUUCUCGGGUCAAAUGAUGAACAAAUGAAAUUAUUUGCUGGCGUGACGGUGUCCAAGUUGCUUACGGACCCUGUGACACGCGAGGUGACGCAACAGCAGUUUCUCGAUUCUGUGACCAAAUUAUCAACAAUAUUCACAGUUUUAAUGAUAAACACAAAAUUCGGAUCUCUUAAUGAAUUUUUCGAACUUGGGUUACACAUUCCACUAUUGUCCUACGCCUGCAAACUACUUAAAGCAGAUGGCAUUUUGGGAAGUUUUUCAAGGGUAGUCGAAGACGAGGUUAAAGUCGAGGUCAUACGCGACGCCGUUCGACUCCUAACGGAAACUCGUAAAGGAGGUAAUUUGAUAACUUGGCUCGGAACUUAUGAAACAAAACUGGUCAGACCGAUGCGAUCCUUAAUCGAAGAUUAUUUUUACAGUCUCGUGGAUGGUUUGUUGCGUCGUACGAAAGUGCUAGCGUAUCGCUUACACUCACUGAGAUAUCCUGAUCUUGUGUCGUUUCACGAGCAUUAUUCGUCGUUAUAUGACGACAUCUGUUUCGAUCAUUGGCUUGAUUUUGCUGCUUUUACUCGUUUUAACUACAUUGAACAUGAGGCGAAAAGUUCAGAUUUCAUUUACCCACAAGUUUUAAAACUCAUGAAACAACAAGGUAGUCGAUAUACUGAUGAUGAUACUAUUUUAUCAUAUUUUGAUCCGAAGAACCUAUUGACGAGAACUGCCCUGAUGUCUAAUCAAUUUUUUGAUUGGUCGCAGCUCAAUAACGAUCAAUUCCGUUUGUUUAGAGCUGCUUUACAAACUGAAGACCAAACGAACUUGGUCAGGAAGACUUUGGAGGAGAUGGAAUAUGCCUCUGCAUUCAUGAGAAAUUUAGGUAGUGAGAGAAUGGUGGAAAAGUUUGAGGCACUUCUGAACGAUAAGGAUCUUAUAGAACCGUUUCAAAAGGUGCUUGAAGACGAAUACCUAGUGCAGUUACUUAGAGCGAGUUUGGAGAAUAACCAACCAGUAGAUAUUUCGUCGGGUCUGACUAUGGGUACUGAGAAGCUGAAUCAGAUUGAAGAUGAUGUUAUGAAAACGUUCCAAAUGUUGGUCACGGAUAAUGAAAAAUUGCAGAUGAUAGGAGCGUCUUUGGUGGAUGAUGUCAAUAAUAAGUUGUAUGGAAACGCUUUUGAGGCAGCAAAACAUCUGAAAUCAGUUGAAGACAUGUUGAGUAGUACGGAAUUGGAUACGAUGAAUUUGCUCGAAGCGAUUCUCAAAAAUCAGGAAACAGUGCAAUUGCUUAAAGUGGUUUUAAGAGAUGAUAAGCAUUUAAAUUUGUUUAGAUCAGUUUUGGAGGACAAUACAAAGAGCUCGGAAAUAGAAUUGGCGCUCAGUGAUGAGAAUCUGGCAAAUGCGCUCAAUGACGUAUUAAUGGAUGUGGGUCAAGUGUUUUUUCUCAGAGUUGCUAUCAAGGAUGAUGAUCGUGCAAAGUUGUGUCGGGCGGCUUUGGAGAAAAAAGCACAGGUGAAGGUGUUUGAAGAGGCAUUGAACAAAAAAAAAUUAAAUAAUGUGUUAAGGUCGAUACUGAAGGACGAAGAACGUUUGCAUUUGCUUAAAAAGGCUGUUCGGUCGAGUAUUACAGGGAGCUUCGAAACGCUCUGGCUUUAA